UGGUAGUCACUCAGGCUUCUCCCUGUCCCCAUCUCACUACACGCCGCAUCAUGCAGAAUCUUCACAAGUUUGAAUCCAACGUUCUGGCUGUGAGACAGCAUUGGCUGGGCUACGCGAAGCUCAAGCAUUUGAUAGUCUUUGGGGCAUCCUAUUGCGAUGUCGGAUAUACGUCUCGCUCACCGCACCCUACCCUCGAGGAUCCCCUUGGAGUAGAAUUCCCUGGACACACAUGGGCCGAGCCGGGCAAGGCAAACUGGGUUGGGCAUCUCAUCACCGAGCACUCGCUGAGCCCAAUCCUUGUCCAUGACUAUGCCAUGGGUGGGGAUCGCGUCGAUGGUGUGCGUCGACAGAUCGAGAAGGAUUUCAUGCCUAAUUUGGCCCCGAAACCGAGUUGGGCUCCAUGGAGAGAGCAAGACACGCUCUUCGCGACAUGGGUUGGCAUCAACGACUGCUCCUACGAGACUGCCGAGGCGAUCCCAGGCGUUGUCUCCGAAGUCUUCAAACUGCUCUCCGACCUCUACGAGCACGGUGCCCGCAACUUCAUGUUGAUAGACCUUCCUCCUGUCGAGAGGUCUCCAAGCGGACCUAGUCCAGAGAAUGCGGCGCGUAUGUUCGCCAACAGGCCUCCAAAGACUACCUUGUGGAACAUCGCCCUGAGGACCCAGGCAGAAACGUUUGCAGCUGCGCACGACGAGGCGACGGUGCUCAUAUAUUCCUCCUGGGCCAUGUUCACCAAGGUACUGGACGCCCCCGCCGCUUAUGGCUUCACGACAGACGACGUGCGCAAACCUGCCGGCUCUAUUUGGGUCGAUCGUCUGCAUCCGACCAGCAAUAUGCACGAUGUGAUUGCUCAUGAUAUAGCCCAGUUCUUGGGAAGCAUUGAGCCACCUGCUUCCUCGGGCCCGGGUGUGGCGCAAGCUUGAGCAUGCUGGAUGGACACGCUCUGAAUAGGUGAGAUGAGAACUGGCUGAAGUAUCAUUUGUCCUCUUUUACUAUGUAUCACCGGCAUCGAGUAAUCGUAUAUCGAUCCUGUAUAACCUCGCAUCGAAAUACGAUUCGAGUUAGCAGAA